AUGGACAUCGAUAAUAUUUUAGUUCGUGAUAAAAAGCAAAAAUUCAAGGUAUUCUUUGAAGGAAUAGAAGCAAUAAAUAAACUUGUAGUUUUGACCGCAGAAAUAUCACCAUUUGUACCGGAAUUACGGAUGUUUUUUGACAAUGCUGAAAAAUAUUUACCAGGAUUUGGAUAUCUUUAUGAAAUGGGAAUAACAAGAAAAAGUAUAUUCUGUAAAAAUGUUUUAAUUAUGACAAAUGGAUACGGAUUUUUUGCCGUUGUUUUCGUCGAUGAAAAAUUAAAUAUGGCAAAAGCGAAAACGACUAAAGAACGCUUUGUAAAAGAAAAUCUUAAAAAUUUGGAUGUCAUCUCGGUUGUGGGCGUCGCGAUAGCCCACAAAAAGGAAGAAAUUAGCUUUAUCAGUGACGUGGAUUCUUCAAUAGCAGCGGCUAUUGCAAAAGUUCAUGCAUCAGGAAUUAUCAAUAUAAUGAAUUCAUCGAAUAUUAAAAUCGAUGUUGACAAAAUUGGCGGUUCUUCAUUAUUGAAUGAGCAAUCAAAUAAAAAUUCAUCAAGCGAUCGGAAGAUUGAAGAUAAAGAGGAAAAUUUAAGACCUUUAAGAACUCAACAACUCAGAACAAUUUUAGGAAAUUUAUACGAUCGAGAACAUCAACGCGAACAAAAUUUCAAUCAAAAAAUCUCUCAAGCACUCGAGCAAGAAAAAAAAUAUCAACAAGAAAUACACAAUUUCCAAAUCAAAGUCAGUAAUCUCACAGAUGAAAUUGCCAGAUUAAACUAUGAAUCUGAAACAAGAAACAUUGAAAUUGAGAAAAUGAAGAAAGAAAUUUUAAGUCCGCAAGAGGAGAAUUGUAAUCUGAUCAAUCAAGUUGAUUUAGAUAGAGCAAAGAAAGAAUUCUCUGACGAAACGAAAUUUCAAAUGAAACUAAAAUGGGAGCGGGAACAGCAAAAAGAAGAAAGACAGGAUUUUCAGGAACGAAUCGAAAUGUUAAUUAAUCAGAAACUUGAACUUGAGUAUAUGAUUAAAAAGAUUCAAAACAAUGGAGAUUACGAUAUUUAUAAAAGGCAAGUUGAUGGUCAACCAGACAAAUUAUCACCAUCCACGUCUAAUGUGCAUGAACUCAACAUAGGAAAUGAAAAUGAUUGGAGAACUGCACCAAUUUUUAGUAAGCCUCCCGAAAAUAUCGUGGAUGGACCUUAUUUGGCUGACGACUACUCCACAAAACCAGAAGAGGAACCACAAUUACCUUUCUCUAAGGAUCCGGUUCCCAAAAAUUUUCAUAACAGCGAUAAUUUAUAUGAUGCACAACCUUCAACUUAUGCAUCGCCUCGAUACGCCGAUCUUGCAGUCGCAUCCCAAAAGCAACAAUUGAACACACCCGCGCUAAUUAAAAGACUCAAAUUAGAAAAACCGGUAAAAGGACAACGACUACUCCCUUUAUUUGGCGCACCGGCAGAUGAUAACGGAGGAAACACAUCUACUGAAACGGUAGUCAGUUUCCGUGAUAGUAGUUCCACUGAGACUUCCGAUACUGUGGUUGAUAAUGGUACAGGAAGAGGACUUAACGUUAAGGGAAAAGAUAAAAUAGAGCAAAUUCGAGGAAAAAAUCAAUUGGUUAGUCCUUCGGAAAUUGAAGAAUAG